AGAAGCUUCGUGGCGUGCGGGCGUGUUGCUAAGCCGGAAAAUGCGCGCGUAAACCGUGUUUGAUGUGUGAGAAAAUUGUGGCCCGCAACGGGAAAAUUGGCUGAGCAAACAAGCGAGUGUGUAGCGUGCCUGCGCCUUGUGCCUGUGCUUGCGGAGUGCGUGAAUGAAGAGCCACGGAAUCGUAGCGGAAAUCGUUUGCUGGCCCAUCGACUGGCUAGCCAGUGCGGGUAAUUAACCUGGCAAAUACGCCAUCCUAGCCAGCUUCGGAAAAGCAAGUUAUAAUGGGCUAACACACUUUUUAAAAACCUCUAGUGAAACAAGCGGCGUUUACCGUUUUAAAAACGAUCCCGAAAAUGUGUGAACUAUGCGGCGUACACGCAAUAUUUGCUUGUGAAACCAUCAUUAUUUAGAAGUAAAAUACGCGGCGUAUACGCAAUCUUUUGCAGCCUUAACUUAACACGCGGCGUAAACGCAAUCUAGGCAAAGGUAGAACCCUUUCGCCAUUUCGAGUUGUUUAAUCAAUAGCAAAUAGUUCAGGGGAAAUUUCACUUUUUUGUCCUUUGCAUGCGUUUAUGUCCUUUUAGAACAGUCGCUUAAGUAAUUGCAAAUUGCGUGCCGCAAGUUUACAAGUUAUUUCCUUUCUCUCGCUCUCGCUCUCUCUCUCACUCACCUCCCCACCCUUUUUGGCUGCAGCAAUUUGGCUAAGAGCGUGCGAGGGUUGAGGGAGUUGCGGGGGCGGUUAGGUGGGUCAAAUGGCGCAGCCACACGACACCAGCAAACAGCCGCAGCCACAGCCACAGCCACCAACUUACAAGCUUCAACCUGAAUCCUGCAGCUUCGAACCACCAGCCAUCAGCCGCAGUCAAUGCGGCUAGACCAACAGCUCCAGCGGCAUCAAAAAGUCUUGGCUUAGAUUGGGUUGGCUUGGCCGUGGCUUUAAGAGAAACACAUCCGUUAAGACGGCGAAUACCCAGUAAUAACUGAGACUUUAAAAGUUUUCCUUACGAACUCCAAACAAAAAUUUAGUGUGGAUAAUUUAAAAAACUUUUAAAUGUACUUUUAAAAGAUUUAAUCCCCUGCAACACCAAAUUUUCUAAUGUAAUUUGCUACCGACGGAUUUUUCAUUAAAUGUUCAAAGCAAAGCCCCGGAUUUUUGGAUGCACUUAACAACAAUAAUAAUUCAAUAAUAUGCCACCAAAAUUUUAGUGUAUUUAAUUCUAUUUCUAUUUGUUUCCAUUUCUAAACAAGUGUGUUUUGCUUACCUAUGAUUUUAAAUAUUUCCUAAACAAAUUUAUAUGAAUUAAUUUAUUAUCUAUUUAGUUGAUUUUUCCUCGUUAUUCCAAAGAGAACAGCACGUUUUCGGUAAUCAUUGCUUUUGCUCGUGAAAUCAUUUUUACGGUCUGGUCUCCAGUGUUCAAUUAGAAGGAGUUAUCUCUAGAUUUUAUUUUAUUUUAAGAUGAAGAAUGACUGCAAGUAAUUGAUUUUUUUUAUUUUAUAUUUGUUAGUCUAUUAUAUCCAAUUCUUUAAAUAACUAGGCCAAAAGUGAUUUAAAUUUAAAUUUAGUUAUUGAACAAUUUUUUGAAGUUUUUGACCAUUUAGUGUUAUCUUACUUUCAAGGGUAUGGUUAACUUCGUUUUAGACUUGGGCUUAACCUUUCUCGUCGCUGCUCUAUUUUUUGUUGCUUAUCGAUUUUCGACGGUUGACUGACGUCGGGACUUUGGGCCAAAACUCGAGCUGUGAGCCGGCUAAUAAUGCUCAGUAGGUCAGCGCCGCGGCAGUUUGAAGUGCGUUAGAAGCAACAGUGGUCAAAGGCGUACUGAAACGAAACCGAAAACUGGCACAGCCCAGAAAGAGACAGGAACAGCUGGGUCGAGAGAGACGGGUCGAGUUAUCGCGAGUGAGAGGGGAACACGAACCGCUGGUUCUACUUGAGGCGUUUAAAAAUAGCAGCUAGCUCACACACAAACGCAGUGGCAACUUCAAACGCGCUUGGCCUACUUUUCUGUCGUAAUGGGCUUGGGACGUCAACUGCUGCUGGUCCUGCUCCUGCUCCAGCUCCUGCUCCUCGUUCUUUCGCUCCUCCGUGCCACACACCACUUUUCAACGCAACCGUCUACCGCAACCACGUUAAAUGAAGCACUCUAACAAGCACCAAGAAAAACAAUAUUAAUUAUCAAGUUAUUUGCUGCCAUCUGGGUUCUUUGAUAGCUGAAUUUAUAUAAAGAGCUUAAAAUUUGUUUAGUGCCCAAGUACAAGUCCUUUCAUACUAAUAAUACUAAUACUAUUAAUAAAAACGGUAUUUUUUUAAAUCUGUUAAAUCAAGAAGUUAAACUAAUCAUCAAUGGAGCAGUCGUUUCUUAAGAUAAUUAAAAUGGUACUUUUAAAUAAAUGUGAGCUGAGUUAGCUUUGCUCCAAAUUAACCUUUUAUUCGGAUAUAUCCGAAUAUAGGAAGUAUGUUUUCUUCGUGUAUAAACAGGGACACUACCUCCACACGUAAAUGGCCAAUGGCAAAGCAAAGAGUGAACAGUUGCGGUAAGCAGCGGGCGAGUUGAACAGGACAGAAGGCAUAGGAGCCAGCACAAGCGGCGUUAACCAUACGCACCGUGUGCCAAUCCGUGUCCAGCGAAUGCAAAGUCAAUCAGCGUUUAAUUGACAGCUGCAGUCACUGCCAGAUACGUCCAACAAAGGGCCGAAAACCCAGCAAGCAUUCAGAAACAACAAUUAAAACGGAACACACUGAACAGGAUUCUGCUGCUGUUUUUGUGUUCAAAAGUGGAGAAGUAGCCCAAACAGAAUCGGCUUGAAACGAAUUUUUUUUGAUUAAUGAUUUGAUGUCAAAGUAAAAGUAUCAAUUGUCUGCGAACACUAUAAGUUGUUGAAGAUAUGUCAAUUCAGAGAGCUUAAGCAAAUAAGAAAAAUGUGAGGUUGUUCUAAUCGAAACUUUAGAACUAUUCUUGUUUUUUAUAUAUUUAUUAUUUUUUAUAUAAAAUCAUUAUCAAUAUUUGUACUGUUUUCCUGUGAACAACACAUCUAUUCCAUUUAAUUAAAUAAUACCUUUAAUUCAAGCUUUAUUUGUUCUUCUUAAUACCAAAAUAUGGAAUAUAGAAUGGGUUUCCAAUCGUCCCCUAAUCUAAUGUUUUUUUAGAUUAAAAUAAAAAAAUCCUUUUCAUUGUUUUCAGCCAAAGGAUAAAGAGUUUUGUCAAUAUCUUAAAUUUGAACAAAUCGAGGAAAACGUUUGAGUGAUAAACUUAAACUUUUACUUAUUUGCUUACUUUCCUUUUUAAUUCCAAAAGAAACUCUAAUUGGCUUCAUCAAACUUAUUUGAUGAGGGGUUAUAUAAAAUCAACAUUUUCUUUGCCGCUACCCAAUUAGCUUUAUUGGCUAUUUCUGACCAGAGAUUGUUUUUUUGAAAAAAAGAGGAAAAUUGGAAACCACAGAACAAGUUUAAGUAAGCUUAGGCAACAUCCUCUUACCAACAUCCUUCCCCCAUUUUAGCCAUAUGGCUGUCAGUGUUUGGUGGCCGUGGCUGCGGCUGCUCAAAACUUAUCGCUCGAUUGCAGAUUGUUUCUCGGCUGCCAAGUCGGCGCCGCAAAGUAUGCAGCACUAAGUAGUCGCAAGUUGGCUUUUCUUCUCUCGCCUCGUGUCAUGGCAUUUUCCAAUUAGAACUGCCUUUUGGCCUGGCCAAGUGAAAAAGAGUGGGAAGAAAGCAGGACUGGUGCCAAACAUGCGUGGCACGUGAGCGGCAAAGGUAAAAACUUCUCGUUUCCCAUGUGCGUGUGUGUGCAUGUAAAUUACAAAAUCGUGCAAAAAAGGUGCCAUUAAAAAGGCAAAAAGAGGCAAAAAAACGAACAGCCACCCAACAUAUGGGAAAUUUAAAAGAACAUCGAGUUGCGCAUACCCUAGCAGACCUUUUUAAAUAUUUAUGCGAGCAACAAAAAUGUGCCGACAGAAGGGGCAAGUAUUGAAUUUGUGAAAUAAAAUGAUAAACAUGGGUGAAUACUUUUAUUUUAUGUCUUCCAACUAAAUGCCAACCGAAAACAUUUUAUUUGUGUCACAGAAAUCUCUUGCACUUUGAGAAAAGCCAAAUAUAAUAAAUUUUUAUUUUCAAAUAGUGAGCUGUUGGUUAAAUUUAUUUCAUUGUUUUGUUUUGCAAAAAGUAUAUUAUUUUUAGAAUUAGUUUCAUUAGUUUCAGUAUAGGAGGAGUAAUGUUAAAUACAGUUUUUUUAAAGUCGAAUUAGGAUUCGUACUAAAGACUAAAGAAGUUUAUUAAAAACUAUAGUUUAUGACCAUUACAUUUGAAUUGAAAAAUUCCACAAAACUACUCAAAAGUCUUAAACCGGUAAGAACAUUUAAAAAAAACUUUUACAUUUACUUUUUCACUUUAGCAAGUUUAUAUAUUUAUUAUUUUCUGUUUGUAAACUCAAAUCUGCCUUACAACUUUUUAAGCUUAAGUCACAUUUAUAUGUUUUAUACCUCGAAUUAGGGUAUUUUGCAAGGAACGUCGAAUGUUAUGCCCGGCAGGGCGGCAAUUUAAAUUCUCGCUUCACGCCCGUGGCACGCCCCUGCCUUUUUACCAACCCCCAAUCCUCCCCUCUUUCUCCUGAUUUGUCGCCUGCCCUGCCCCGGUCGCAUUGCGUAUACGCCGCGUAUUUCACACACACGCAUACCUACACGCUCCCGCAUGCGUUGCGUAUACGCCGCGUUAUCCGCCCCCGUCUCAUGCGACAUACGUGCGUGUGCUGCAUAAUUACAGGUGCGCUGUGCUGUUGCGGUCGUGGAUGAUGCGGCUGGCGCUGGCGGUGCCAGGAGCACAGUUCCCGGGCCAUAAUUGUCGGUUGAAUGACUCUCGAUGCGAUAGCAAUAACAGCAAAAUCGGCCGCGGUGGCUACAGUUCGCAUAAUUUUCAUCACGGCCCCAUUUGACGGAGGAGAACAGCAGCAGCAGCAGCAGCAGCAGCAGCAGCAGCAGCAGCAGCAGCAGCAGCAACAGCAACAGCAGCAGCGAAAAAUUGCCAACAGCACCACCGCUAAAUUUCGGACUUUGCGACAUGUUAGCAAGGGCAAAGCAAACCAACAACACGACAACAACAACAAAACACAACUAUCGUCAGCAACAUUUAAUAAACCAAAAAAACCAUCAGGAAAGGGGGGGAGUGCCGAAUCAUCAUCGGGACUAGCUGCGGGAAAAGAUGGUUCUCAGCACCGAAUGGUCGCAGGUCGAGGUUAUCGAUCUGAUCAACGAUGGGAACGGCUUGGGCUUCAUCCUCGUCGGCGGGCGCAGCACCGGGGUGGUGAUCAAGGCCCUCACGCCGGGGGGCGUGGCCGAGCGGGACGGGCGCCUGCAGCUGGGCGACCACCUGCUGCAGAUCGGCGAGGUCACGCUGCGGGGCUACAGCUCGGAGCAGGUGGCCACAGUUCUUCGUCAGACCGGAGCUCAGGUGCGUCUGAUAGUGGCGCGGCCGGUAGAGCCGACGGCCAUCGAUUACCAAACGCUGGCCUGUCAGGCGCCGAUUAUACCAACUAAGCUCCUCUCCGACCCGGAAGAACUGUCGCGUCAUCUCUUCCAGAAUCCGAGUUUUGCCACUGCCGCCGCCGCCGCAGCAGCCGCAUCAGCCGCUGCAGCUGCGGCUGCAGCAGCGGGCUCCAGCGGAGGCGCUGGCCUGGAUGUGGCCAGCCUGGUGGGUCUGGUGCGCGGCGGUCCCGUGGAGGGCUCCGAACUGUCCGCCGUGGAACCGGCUCAGUUGCAGAUCAGCGAGCUGGGCGACCUGGCCGACUUCCCACUGCCUCCGAUUCCGGGCGGCAAUCCGCUGAUCACGGAAUCCAAUGCUAGCCAGCGACCUUGUCCGCGCCUGGAUCUGGACAUAGUGCCCUUCUCGAUACUAUCGCCCCCGCCACGCCCCGCCCUGCAGCUGCUGCCCCUGGAGACCCAAUGGCGGUCCGUUCAGGAUCAGCACCAGCACAUUGAGACUGUGAUAGCCGACAGCAAGCGCAAGAAGCUGUUGGCCAAUGAAAAUGGCGGCUCCGCUUCCGAAUCCGGUUCCGGUUCCGGCUCGGGCUCCGGCUCCCCCGACGACUCGUACAUGGACUCACCGGAAACGGAAACCUACGUGGUGGAGCUUCACAAAAACGUCUACGGCCUGGGCAUAACCGUGGCCGGCUAUGUCUGCGAGGAGGAGGAUCUCUCGGGCAUUUUCGUGAAGAGCAUCAUCGAAGGCAGUGCCGCGGAGACAAGUGGCCAGAUCCAGAUUAACGAUCGCAUUGUGGCCGUGGACGGUCGGUCCCUGUCCGGGGUGACCAAUCACCAGGCGGUGGAGCUGCUGCGCAACACCGACAUCGUGGUUCAUCUGACUCUGGAGCGGUUCCUGCGAGGCCGGAAGUUCGAACAUUUGCAAGUGGCUCUAACGGAAAUCAAGGGCAGCUCCGCGCGCUCCGGCCUGGACAGAAAUCAGGACAAGGAUGCGGACCAGGAGUCGCAGCUAUCCAUGCCCGGGUCACCCUCGAUAGCCACGCUGAGUUGGCUGCCGCCCAAAUCGCUGGAUGCCGACUCGAUAGCCACCGAAGGCGACGAGGUCGUGGAUGCGGAGGAUGUGGUCGUUUCGGGGGCGGAGGAUGUGUGUCUCGAACUGCCGUCUCGGGACACCGUGGAGUCGAACAUGUCGCACGUGCUGGACCGCAGUGAUCACAGUGGCGGCGGAGUGAUAAGGCCCAAGAUCAGUCCCAUAGCUCCGCUGACCAAUGGCCGCAGCGUAAACCUGGCCGAUGACAGUGGCAAUGACACCGAUGAGCAGUGUCCAGAGCCGGAAGCGGAAAUGGAAAUGGAAACGGCAACGGCAAGGGCUAAAAAGGUAUCGAAGCCGGAGUCGGAGCGGGGUAUCAAAGAGCUUGAGGAUCUGGAUACCGAUCCCGGCCAGAUGCCAACGCCCACAAACGAGGCGCCUGUGAAAGUGGCCAGCCCGACCGCCGCCUCGCUGCGCGUGGCCUGGAAAAGUCUAGGGAUCAGCCUGGAAGGCACCGUGGACGUGGAGUGCGGCAUUGAGAAGCGUCCGCACCACUAUAUCCGCUCCAUACUGGCCGACGGGCCGGUGGGGCGCCAGGGCAUCCUGCGGCCGGGAGACGAGCUCCUCCAGGUGAACGAGCACAAGCUCCAGGGCUUGCGGCACACCGAUGUGGUCAAGAUCCUCAAGGAGCUGCCCGCCAGCGUUAAGUUGGUCUGCGCCCGCGGCACUCGCGUUCCGUCGGUGAUAAACACCUCGCAAAACCCUGAGGCCUUCGAAACGCGCAGCCUUUUGCCCGGUGGCCACCAGAGUCUCCAGAACCUGCUGAGCAAGGCCCAAUCGGAGAGCUCUCUCUACACGUCCAGCACGGCGACUCUAACGGAUGCAGGCGCAGCUGGCGGCGGAGCAGGAGGAUCGGGGGGGAAUGGAGCAGCUGGAGGAGCUCGCUCCAAGUCCCUGGAGAACGUUUCCGGCCUGGCGCUGUGGAGCUGCGAAGUGACCGCCGUGGAUAUCGAGAAAACGGAGCAGGGAUUCGGGUUCUCCAUCCUGGACUACCAGGACCCUCUGGACUCGGAAGGCAGUGUGAUCGUAAUUCGCGGCCUGAUACGCGGUGGUGCUGCGGAGGCAACCAACGAGAUCUACCCGGGCGAUCGCCUGAUGAGCGUCGGCGACCGCCUGCUCCAGGGGCUCGAGCUGGACGAGGCGGUGUCCAUUCUGAAGGCCGUGCCGCCGGGACUCACCCGCCUGGGCAUCUGCCGACCCCUCUCCGCCUCGGACAGCAACAGCAACAGCAACAUAGCCUCGCCGCUCGGCGAUUCGGCCAGCACAUAGUGGCAGCCCCUCCCCGACGACCAUCAGGAGUCGGAUACACCACUGGAAUCGGUAUCGGAAGCAGGAGCGAAAGCGGAAGCAGAGCAGGAACUGGAGCCGUUUGCAAUAUAUUUCAUGACCCUAAUAUCGGCCAUAUGAAAGCACCACGACCAGACCCCUAAAAGCAACCAAAAAGAGAAGUCAGCAGCAUAAACCAACGAAUCUGGACAUUGGAACAAAUUGUACAUAUUAUAUAACCAAAUCCGCACAUUGCCAGAAUCGAUUAACUAUACACGAGCUAGGUAAAAUUGAUAGCCCCUGCCUGAACACUGAAAAUGCAUAAAUAUAUAAAUUGAAAGGCACGCAACGAUUCUAAAAAUAUCACAAAUUGUUGUAUCAAUAAAUUAUUUAUAACAAUUUCUGCGGACAAAAAGUUGACAACAUCAAAUAAAGUUGAACAUCAACAUAGAAAAAACACACGAAAUUCCGAGUGGAAGCACCGAGGAGGGAAAUUUAUUUAUUCACAAAUAUUGCAAAACAUUUUUCCAGUUUAGUAUGCAUAUGUCGAGGCCAUGAUGGCAAUAAUGAUAGCACCCCGGUAGUUCUCACAUAUCCACCCAAAAAGCCAUACCCACACCCCGCCCACCCUAGAUGUCCGCUGUAAAUAUUCGAGAGAUUAUUUUUAUUGUCCUUUUCAACUUUACGUAGCAUAAAUUUACAAUUUCUAGCUUGUAAAUCAUUUAUACAUACUUUAAUGGGUAAGGCUAGGGCGAGGAAGGCUGGGCGAAUGGGCGUGGCAGUUUGCUUUUCUUAAGAGUAAACUUUAAGUAGAUAACACCCAUCCUCUCAUGAACUUGGGGACAUUUUUCAAAUUGUAUAGGAAAGAUAGUUGCAAUAUCGCAUAGAUUCCGUAUUUACAAUUACAUAUGCCUAAAUAUAGAUACUACAAAUUCUAUGCCUACGAAUAUAAUUACAUAUAUUUACAAUUGACGACCAAGCAAAAGUAAAACUUUAACUUUAGUAUCAAGUCAAACACAAAAAUUACACAAUUGAACAAAAACACUCAAACUGAACUUAAGUAGAUCGAAAAAUAAGACAUUGUUAGAAGUGAUGAGAAGAACUAGUGUGAGGACUCCACAAGAGACUGUGUUUCUUUUCAUCUCUGGCAGCAUAGCAUGUAUUAAAAAACAAAACAAAAGCUUGUUAGUGAUACUAAUUUUAAACGGAAAAACCACAAAGCGAAUGAUAAAUGAAAUAUGAAAAACAAACCACGUUUGAUAGUUCUUAGCGAAUCUUAAAAUGUUUACAUUGUUACGAACUUUCUGUUAAAAGAUUCUUUGUAAUUAAAUUGACUCGAUUUCACCUGUAUAUAGAGUACUUGAUCACAUCAAUAAAAUGAUUAAGCUAUUUCAAAUAACUGAACAAUCUAGUUUUAAGAUAACAACACAUACAGCGCGUUUCAGAACUACACAAGAGAAAAAUGAAAAUAUAUUUAAUUUUAAACUAAAGUUGAUUAAAUUAAAUUUAACGUAAUUGAGACGUAUUAUAACUUACAUGGUUUUAUUAAUUUGAUUAUUCAAAACUGUGUUUUAAAAUUUGCUGGAAUAUUUAUUACUAGCUUUGGUUUAAGUAUCCCACCCUCGAGAACGUUAUCUAGUUAAAUGUUAUGAAACGCACUGUCCAUACGUAUACCAAUUAACACAAAAAAAAUACAUUAAAAAACACGCACUUUCGCUUAUGGAAUCUACUAUAUUUUGCAGAAGAAAUAAGUAAAAGUUCCAUGCAAUUCGAACAAAAUAUGCAAAUACAUUAUCUAUAUAUCUAUCAUUCCACACUACCACACAGAAACACCACACACACAUAUAUAAGUACACGCACAUCAAUGUAAGAAGCAUAAUUUCUGAAAAAAUUUACCAACUAGCAUUAAAUUUUAAUGGUAAAAACACGGUAUGAGCAAAAACCAACUAGCUGAAGCAAACUACUAAAACCACACUUGAUACAACAAUGAACAAGAAUCGAAUCAAAUCGAAACGCGAGACAUAAAAGGCAACGCAAAUUAGAAUUGAAAUAAAUAUGCAAAUUUGGAAAAAACAUAUGCUACAUUAGACACAAGAGUAUGUAAAUUGACGAAACGUUCAAUAAACGAAAGCGAAAAAUA